GGUGAAUGACCUUUGAUGGAGAUUUGAGUUCGAGAUCAUCGAUUGUGGCUUACGAUGGAGAAUCAUCGCAGGCGAAGCUUGCUUGAUGAUGAUGGUGAAAUUGGAUUACAGUAGAGAGACGGAAGAAGAAUGCCGAAGUGAAGCAGUGCCGAUGAGAGCAAGCUCUUCUUGAGGCUCAGCUUUGGAGCGUGGUAGAGAGAUUACCUCAAAAUUUCAAUAAAAUUUCAAGAACUGAGACCUGUUUCAAUGACCUACCAGGAAAGAUUCUUAGUUGUCACCAACCAAGAAAGAGACAGACGACUUAUAUACACGCCAACGAGCUUGUUGAUCCCUUCUCAGCUCUCAGCAGCCAACUACAGCUCUAGAUCGUGGUGAAAUUGUAUUAACUUUUUUUUUUUUAUGGAACAAGUCGUGAUACCUGAAGCUUUCGUUUUUUACACGCAAUCUAGACACAACUCCAUAAAGAGUAAAACUUUCCUUCUCUCCAAAGUCAAAGCUGUUCAUUUGAUGCGUUGAUCGGCAAACUUGUGUUCGAUUCUUGAAUUCUCUUCUCAAUGCCUGUUGAUAUUCAAAAGGAAUUAACCAUUUUCUGAUGUGUUUGUGGUAGGCAUGGAAACAGUGAGUUGGAAGGAGAGAUGAUGAUGCAGUGUUUAGAUGCAUUAAAGCACUUCUCCAUUUUUAUCUUGACUUGUUGUGAUUCUGAUCUUCAUCACCACUCCAGGGGUCUUCCCAACCCUAAGGAUCUUGCUAAAGGCACUGUCUUUACUGUGAAUGAGAUUGAAGCUCUUUACGAAAUGUUCAAGAGCAUCAGCAAAGACGGCCUUAUCGACAAGUUUCAGUUGGUACUCUUUAAAUCCAACAGAAAGAAGAGCCUUUUUGCUGAUAGGGUGUUUGACUUGUUUGACACCAAGCAUACUGGAAUCCUUGAUUUUGAAACCUUUGCACGUGCCAUUUCGGUUUUCCACCCCAAGGCUCGAAUGGAGGAUAAGCUUGAGUUUGCUUUCAAGCUGUAUGAUCUGAAGCACCAGGGGUUUAUAGAGAGACAAGAGUUGAGGCAAAUGAUGGUGGCGACUCUAGCUGAAUCUGGCAUGAAUCUUUCUGAUGGCGUGAUAGAGAUCAUCAUAGACAAGACAUUUGAAGAAGCUGAUAGUAAAAUGGACGGGAAGAUUGAUAAGGAAGAGUGGCAGAGUCUUGUUCUUCGUCACCCCUCUUUGUUGCAGAACAUGACCCUUCAGCAUCUCAAAGACAUAACAAAGACGUUUCCCAACUUUGUGUUUUACACUAUAGUGACUGACAACCCAUCAUCUGGAUGAUCAUGAGGAUGUGAUUUUGUUUUUUUUGUUGGUGCAAGUUGAUUCAUUUUUUUUUUUUUGGCAAAAGAGAUGGUACAAUAUUGUAUGUUGAAAACUUGUUUCUUACUUAACUUCGACUCUAAUUCUAAUUGUAUCUGAAAACUGGCCUUUCUGAUUUA